AUGUCGGGUAGACGCAGCUCUGCGCCAGGAGAAGGAUUUGAAUCCGCGUACCCUCGCCCUUUCUGUUGCUCUGUCCCUGCCUUUCCUUCUCUGGACUUUUGUGGUUUCGCCGAAUGUCAAUCGCGUACUCGCUUGCGUAUGGUCCACCCCUUCGAGAGGGGGGCUGGCCGGUGCCUGGUGUCUCAGUUCGUCAGGUCAACCGGGCAUUCGCGUGGGUCGAGCUCUCGUUGUCAUAACGCCGAAAGCAGCACAUCUCGAGCAAGCAAUCACCCGAAAGCGCCUGACAACUCUACGGGAUCUGAUGCCAGGCCGCGGGACGCCUUACUCACCUGCUGUGAUUACCUUCUGCGACGCCUUCUCCCAUCCGUUCUAUCUGAAUCGCUUUCUGGUCACAGGACCCAAGAACACGCUCCGUUCACGGAAAGAACGGAUGCAGGCAAUGCACGGUGUAGCCGGUGCGGUCGACUGCUGCUUGUAUCAGAACCUGUAGAACAAGUUAAGUCGAUACACAUAUCGAGCGACCGUUCCACAGAUUGCAUGCGACAGCCCGGCUCGACAGGAGCAGACAUCACCAUUGCGGAUGCCUCCCCCACGACGUUUGCACGCGGCAGCGGUGGGACUACAUAUGAAGGGGGAUUACCAUCAGCCAGCGACUUGGCCGACACCCCCCCAGAGACCGGUAACUCUUCGCUUGCUAGCAAAAACCCACAGAGCUCAGCCGCGAUCGCCUACUCAUUCUUCGCCGAUCGGCUUCGUGCCAUCCGACAGGACGCGGUUCGCCAGCGCCUCAACACAGCGGACUUGUUCAUUCUCCUCCUUCAGUGUGCUCGGUUCCAUCUCUUUGCCGAGUAUUUCUGGAGUGGUGGAAUAUACGCGUCUACUCGGUCAGCUGAGCCGGCGCCCUCGCUCGAGGGAUUCGAGUCGCCACAUCGGAUUGGACGGGAGCUCGUGAAACAUGAUCACCCAGCUGCCGAUAAGACACGGGUUCCAUUCGGUAGCGACAAAUCGCACGCCAGGAACGGAGUUGAGGGACGCGCAGAGCAGCUGCCAGCAUGCACGCCUCCAGCUGAAACCUUUGGGAGCAGAGACCACCUUCUCGCCACGAGUAGCGGUGCCCAGGAACAGGAAGUGUCUCCUGAAGCGACUUUCAAAAUCUCUGGGUUCUCUCCGAGUCUCAACCGUUUUCUUCUGUCGUCCUGCCUGGUCCAGCUCCUGGGCAUCAUUGUCCGAGAGUCGCGGCGCUUUCGGCUGUUGCUGCGGCGGAAAAGACGGGAUCAUGGGCCGCGAACUGACUGCGGGAUUGGCGAUGCAAAAAUCACCGAGAAGUCCUCGGAAAGAAGCGGAGAGCAGCUACAGGAAUUUGCUCGGGGACUGGGCGUCGAAAGUUCGGAAAUCGACGAGGCGGUCUCCCUUUUCUUGUUGUCCCAGACACUCGCUGUGCCUGUGCAACCGACGUUCAAGGGACAAGAACGAAGCAUUUUUGUGAUCCAGGAGAUAACCAGAGCACUCGGCAUCUGGUGGAGCCACCUUCCCUGGUCUGCAUUGGCGAUCAGAAUGGCAAUCCAAGCGUCGUCUGGUGUGGAACCACGCCGUUCCCUCUUGCGUCAGGAGACAGCUCCUGUGCCUUUCCUCCUUCGCUGCGCCGUGUAUCCAAGCACAGAUCGUCUUCGGGCGGGUGUCCUUGCGGAGGUUAAAGCCGCCUCGCUCGCAGCAGCUCCGGGCACUCUGGUGUCCAUGAAGCAGCUGAUGCAGUUGAUGGCGUGCUCUAGGGCUGAUGUGACUAGUCUGUGCCUGCGGCUGGGCGCUGGCGAACCCGUGUACAGUAAGGAAACGACAUGUGAGAAGGAAAACUGCGCUGAAGAGGGGACAGGGAGAGAGACCGCAGGGAGGCGCGCCGAGCUGCCACAGCGGCCGUCUUGGCCAGCCGCGCAGCAGGCGAACAACAUGCAGCACGAAGGGCUACCAGGGAAGGGAAAACGAAUCCACCAGGCACACUGGAGCUCCGGUAUUUCGGAUGCAGAUCAGGAAGCAGCUUCAGCGCCACUGGGGGCUGUUGCGGAACAUCCCCAUCGACGCGAGGUGGUUUCCGGCAUCCGCUUUCGCAGAACCGAUGAAAAUGCCCACCUGCCGGGGCACGCUCUCCCACGCGAUAGCACACAAAAGGAGCUGGGAAGGCCGACGCGUUUCUCAGAGCUUCUUGCCUCAGUUGGAAGCGAUGCGUGGAGACGCUCCACUCCGUCGUUCGUAGUGCAUGCGCCAGGCGAUGUCGAAGAGCUAAGAAACAUCUUUGCUUGGCCCCCGCCAGUCGUUAUGUAA